UGGCUGGCGCAGCUCAGUGUGGCGUGUGGCGCUGCAGCAUCGUCCGGAAAGAGGGAGGAUUCUUAAGAGUUCAGUGGCUGCGAGGCAUAGCGGAGGAAUGAUUGGGAACAGCCUCUCCCUGUGCUACCACAAUAAGCUCAUCUUAGCCCCCAUGGUUCGGGUGGGGACUCUACCAAUGCGACUCCUGGCCCUGGAUUACGGAGCAGACAUUGUUUACUGUGAGGAGCUGAUUGACCUCAAGAUGCUCCAGUGCAAGCGGGUGGUAAACGAGGUGCUCAAUACAGUGGACUUCGUUGCUCCUGAUGACAGAGUAGUUUUCCGUACAUGUGAAAGAGAAAAGAACAGGGUGGUUUUCCAGAUGGGGACUUCAGACGCAGAGAGAGCCCUUGCUGUGGCCAGGCUUGUAGAAAAUGAUGUAGCUGGCAUUGAUGUCAACAUGGGCUGUCCAAAAGAAUAUUCCACUAAGGGAGGAAUGGGAGCUGCUCUGUUGUCAGACCCUGACAAGAUUGAGAAGAUUCUCAGCACUCUUGUUAAAGGAACACACAGACCUGUGACUUGUAAAAUCCGAAUCCUGCCAUCGCUAGAAGACACCCUGAACCUUGUGAAGCGGAUAGAGAGGACUGGCAUUUCAGCCAUUGCAGUUCAUGGGAGGAACCGGGAAGAACGACCUCAGCACCCUGUCAGCUGUGAAGCUAUACGAGCCAUUGCCGAAACCCUCUCCAUUCCUGUCAUAGCCAAUGGAGGAUCUCAUGAUCACAUCCAGCAAUAUUUGGACAUAGAGGACUUUCGCCAAGCCACAGCCGCCUCUUCAGUGAUGGUGGCUCGAGCAGCCAUGUGGAACCCCUCCAUCUUCCUCAAGGAUGGCCUUCGCCCCCUGGAGGAAGUCAUGCAGAAGUACCUCAGAUAUGCGGUGCAGUAUGAUAACCACUACACCAACACCAAAUACUGCUUGUGCCAGAUGCUGCGGGAACAGCUGGAGUCGCCCCAAGGAAGGUUGCUCCAUGCUGCCCAGUCUUCCCAGGAAAUUUGUGAGGCCUUUGGCUUUGGUGCCUUCUAUGAGGAGACCAUUCGGAAGCUAGAUGCCCGGCGAGCUGACCUCUUGGCUAAGACUCCAGAGGCAGUUGAGGAACCCACUGAAGACACAUCUGGCAUCAUUAAGAUGGCUAUCAGAUUUGACAGGAGAGCAUACCCACCCCAAAUUACCCCCAAGAUGUGCCUACUGGAAUGGUGUCGGAGAGAGAAGUUGCCACAGCCCGUGUAUGAAACAGUUCAGCGGCCCGUAGAUCGCAUGUUCUGCUCUGUCGUCACUGUUGCGGAGCAAAGGUACCAGUCCACGUUGUGGGACAAGUCCAAGAAACUGGCGGAGCAGACUGCAGCCAUCGUCUGUCUGCGGAGUCAGGGCCUCCCUGAGGGUCGACUGGGUGAGGAGAACUCCUCCUUGAACAAGCGCAAGCGAGAGGCCCCUGAUCAAGAUCUUGGGGACCCCAGAGUUCAGGAGCCAGCACUACCUGGGGAGAUAUGCAAGAAGCCAUUUGUAACCCUGGGAAGUAGUGAAGAUAAUCUCCUGGAAGGCUGUUGACUGUCCCUGUCACCAGUGUGGGGACUGAUGUGAAAGUGGUUUGGGUGUUGGGGCCUAAGCCACAUUCCACUGGACACUUUUCUAGCCCUCGCCAUUGCAGACGUUAGAGGUCCUGACCCCGUCCAUCAGUCUGAAACAAGUGCCAAGGGCUCUCCAGCGGUAAUCCUAUCUCCUCUCAUAGGUCUGAAUGGCUAAGCCAAGUUCCCAGUGACCUGAAUGUUUUUUUGAAAGCAAGGUUUUCAGGCCGCACCUCUAACUUGACAUUGGUACUGUGCAAUAAAGAUAGCCUGACUUUCACCCAUGGCCAACUGCGUCAGCCUUGGACUACAUCCUGGCAUAAUUACUGCUUCUACCCUCUGAAGAGCUGCCGAGUUCCAAAGCAUGCCUCUUGCAUGUAGGGAAAGACUGGAUGGACCUUUAGGGUCCAUUGUAUUUUGGUGAAAGCAAGAAAGGACCAAAAAAAACCAUUUUAACGGUGGGAACCUAGGUGUUAACCAUCAGUUGACUUUGCCAACGAGAAGUUCUAUGUAAUCCAGAAAAACAAGCGUAUCUGAUA